UUGCUUGGAGUGUGCCUAAAUUCUGCCCCGAAAAGAAGCCGCUACCAACACAGAGAGGAACAGAAAGCACAGUGGAAAGCGAGGCCAUGGACGUCGCAAAAGCGGCUCCCGAGCAGUAUCGCCUCACGGGAAGCCCCUCGCCGAAGCUGCUAAAGCUGGACCCUUUUGCUGCCGAUCUCUUCUAGCUAGCCUCGUGGUCGUGGCCCUCCUCUCCCGGAGAGCCUCUCCUCUCGCCGCCCGCUCCAACGAGCCGAGGCGCCAAAAAUAAACCCGUACCUCUCCCCCCGAUCCUCGUGGAGGCCGUCGAUGGAGGUUGCCGCGGCGGGAGAGCCGGCGCCCGCGGGCGAGUGGCUGGAGGAGCGCGGCGUGGACGCCGUGUACCUCCCACGGCUGAUCGCCGGCGUCAUCUCCGGCGCGCUCACCGGCCUCUUCGCUCUCGCUGGAGCAUUGACCGGAGCCGUCACCGGCGCGCUGGCGGGCAGAGCCUCCGACAGCGGCGUUCUGCGGGGAGCUGGAUUGGGAGCGAUCGCCGGGGCCGUCCUCUCCAUCGAGGUUCUCGAGGCGUCUCGCGCCUACUGGUGCUCGGACCGGCUCGGCACUUCCUCCAUGGCAGAUUUCAUAGAGCAGCUCCUGCAUGCCCGGUUUGUGCAACAGCAGCUUGGAUCGUCAGCACAUAUGGCGUACCGUUGGCAGCUCAGCAUACCGGAUUUUGGGCACGAUGAUGUGUACGACAUCUUCGGAGACAUUUCGUCUAGAGGGCUUUCGCGAGAGGCACUGGAGAAACUACCACACUACGUGGUGGCUGAUGAGGCUCAGACUCAGGGCAAAUCGGGUGAAAACCUGUCGUGUGCCAUCUGUCUACAGGAUAUGGUAGCCGGUGAGACGGCGAGAAGACUACCCAAUUGCUCCCAUGUAUUUCAUCAGCUCUGCGUGGACAAAUGGCUCAGUGGCCACGGUUCAUGCCCUGUGUGUCGGCAACAUGUGUAAAGUACACAAGUAUACAUUGUUUACGAUCGAGUUCUCUGUUCUAGAAGGAGUUAGUUGUGUAAAGUGUCUGCUCCUAUACAAUGUAGAAAGAUAGAGGGAGAGAGAGUAUACACACACAGCGUUGUAAAUUAGAUUAAUCUGUGUAUUUUACUCGAAGGCUCCAAGCAAGUGGAUAUGUACAUCUUGUAUUUUCCUUUACAUUAAGCGCAAAUGUAAAGUUAAAAAACAGACACGGCUGCCAUAGGAUGUUUACAAGCCAUUUUAGAAUGUGGUUAAUGUUUUUUUUGCGGGGGAGAAUGUGGUUAAUGCUGAUGGAUGUAUCUCUGCUGCGUCCUAUAUGUGUGAAUGAAAUGGGUUAUGUA